AUGUCGGCUCAAAUAAUCACUGUUGGUGAGUUCAUUUUCAAGAAAAAUUUUAAACCCUAAUUGGACAUUGAAUUUUCAGUGAUUGUUCUUGCGGCAGUCGCAGUAGCGAUUGCAUCAUUGGUGUUGAAUAUUAUCAUCUUGAAUAAUGUGAAUACUCUUACCACAAAUAUCAAUAAUAACCCAACCUAUCAUUAUACACCAGCUCCAGCUUAUAAUUCUUCAAGUGGAGUUGUUGGAAAUAGUCAGGCUUAUAAAAAUGCAGCGGCUUAUUUGUUGAAUGGUCUUGAUGACACAGUUGAUCCAUGUCAGGAUUUUUAUGCUUUCACUUGCAAUAAGGUUUUUGUUUUGAUUCGAUUUCCUAUUUCACAAGUAAACUUAUAAUAUUUCAGUUCCUCGCAAACACCGAUCUCCAAAAGCUGCACCGUAGUCGCCUCGGAACAUAUGAUCAAGCUCAAGUUGAUGUUUACAAUGAAGUUGCUGCACUUUUAGAUGCUAUUGAUGUUACGGACACAAAAGUUUCGAAAACUGAACGAAUCACCAAAGCGGUAGGUCAAUUUGGAGAAGAAUGAAAUUUAUUAACAAAUUUUAUAGGCUUUUGAUUCGUGCAGAAAAAAUUUGGGAAAUCCAACUGACAAAACUCAAACAAUCUAUAAAGAGAUUCAAACAUUGUGAGUUUGAUUGUUUUUUUUCCAAUAUGUGGUUUUAUUAUUCAAUAAUACAUCUCUAAUUCAAAUAUGAGCAAUAGUCUGAAAAUUUUUCGAAUAGAGUUUGAAAAAUUCCAUUCUAGAAACCCCCAAAAACACCUUUUUGCCAAUCUUCAAAAAAAUUCCUGAUUUUCCAGAUUCGGUGGAGUUCCAUUCCUUGGCGAAGCUUUGAACGCAAAUGUUGAUUAUUGGGAUGUUGCUGGACAUAUUGAACAACAACACGCUGUUGGAACUUUGUUCUACACUAUCGCCUCUUCAGAUUAUAAAGAUCAUACCAGAAAUGCACUUUACGUUGGACCAGUAUGUAUUUUGUUCUCUAAUUUAACAUUAACUUAUCGUACUAAAAAUUUUACCAAAAAACCCAAAUUUCAGCCAGGACUCUCACUUGCUCGCGACUUUUACGUCAAGCCACAAUACAUCAGCGAAGUCAAUCAACGUGUUCAAGAUGUCAAUGACAUGCUGACUGCAUUUGCGCAAGCUACCGGAAAACCUUUCAAUGCAGCUGAUGUUCUUGCGGCUGCUCAAGAAACUGUCAACUUUGAGGUUCAAAUUGCAAUGGCUUCGUGGCCCGAUGAUUUGUUGAGGUAAUAAUGGGAAAAAAAUCUUAUCUUUUAUCGAGAUAAGAAAAUUGUUGCGAUUAUUGAAAAAAAUUGUGUUUUAGAAAUUAUCAGCAACAAUAUAAUCCUUAUACAAUUGCGACAGCAAACAAAGCUUAUUCAAGUAUUAACUGGAACUCGUAUUUGGCUGAAUUGUUCAAUGGUGUUACCGAUGCUAAUCAAUAUUCUGGUUACAAUGUAAGUAGAAAAAAAAAUUAAGAAAUAACGAUUUUUUGUAGAUUGUUGUUACCGAACCAUCAUAUUUCGCCUGGGUGAACAGUGUUUUCUCUGGACAAAUCGCAAAUUCAACUGUUGUUGCUAAUUACAUGAUCACACAAUUGAUCUCAGAUGAAGCUGAUUUCAUCAAUCCAACAACUCACCAAGCUGCAUCGAAGACCAAUUAUAUUCAUUAUGUUUUGAGAGGAGGAAGAGGAGUCACAAAGUAAGAAAGGGUUACUGUAGGGAUUGAAACGGGGUCGUGAAAAAAAUAGAGUUUUUUUUCUUCCAAAAUCAAAAAUCGUUAGUGAUUUAUAGAAAUUUCUUUUUAAGCAUAAACGAUUUUUAGUGCUGAAUUGUAAAUAAGAGCAAAUUGAACAUUUAAAUAAACAUCAACAAAAAUCAAAUUUCCAGAAUUGGCAAACGCGAUAGCAGAAAAUUCGACAUUGAUGGACUCUCCCAAGGUUGUCUUGAUCUUCUCACCGCUUACAUGCCUUAUGGAACCGGAUAUGUUUAUGUGAAAUCAAAGAAAGAAAAAUACACCGUGCAAAGUGAUGUUCGAAAUCAAACUGAUUUGAUCAUCUCAAACUUCCAGGUUUGCUUCAGCUUCAAAAGCAUUUUUCGAAUACUAAGAAAUUUUCAGAACAUGAUUGAUAGUCUUCAAUGGAUGGAUGAUUUGAGUAAGGAUCGUGCUCAUAAUAAAUGUAAGUUUUCUUAAAGGUGGAGCGCGAGAAAAAAGUUCCGAAUUUAUCAAAACUUGUCAAUGAUUUUUUUAAACCAGGAGACGAACUUAUGAAUUGAAACUGAUUCAAAUAAAUCGAUUUUUAUGUCAGCCACCACCUUUAACAACAAACUGAUCUGGUUUCUAAAUAUAAAAGAACGUUUUCAGCUGGAAGUCUUGUGAAAAAUUUCGGAUGGCCUGAAACUCUUUUCGGAGAUUUUGUCGAUUUCAGCGUUAUUGAUAAUUAUCAUCAAGAUUAUCAAUCAAUUAUUGAUAUUUACAAUAAAGACCCAACAAAUCUCUAUGAUAUUUUCUCGGUUUUGAAAGCUGGUAUGGAAAUCAGAGAGUUUUAUAGAAUUAUGACAGAGCCAGCCAAGAGGUAAGAAAUGUUUGGUAGGGGGAAAAACUAACAAAAAUAUUUUUUCUAGAGAAAACUUCCUCCAAUCGCCAGCCAUGGUAAAUGCUUGGUAUCAACCAGAAAGAAACUCUAUCACUUUCCCAUAUGCCGCCUGGAAUCCACCAUACUACAAGUAAGUUGGGACACAAAUUUAUCACUUUUUUUUAUCAAAAUUGAUCAUACAAUUUUUUUUCUUAGAGGUUUUUGAAUUUUUGAUUUCCAAUAAAUUCUCAAUUGCACGAAAAACUUUGGAUAUUCACAAAAUUUUAAUCCAAUGCGAUAUUUUCAGCUUCGAUUACCCACAAGCCUACAAUUUUGCUGGUCAAGGAGGUACCGGAGGUCACGAAUUGACCCACGGUUAUGAUGAUGAAGGAGUUCAAUUUGGAUUCAACGGAGAAUUAUCAAACUGUGAAUGGAAUAAAUGUGGAUGGAUGGACUCAAAUUCAUCAUCUGGAUUUAUUGAUAUGGCACAAUGUGUGGUUACUCAAUUCAGCACUCAAUGUUGUCCCGAAAAAACCGGAAACGUUCAUUGUGCCAAUGGUGCAACAACUCAAGGAGAAAAUAUUGCUGAUCUAGGAGGUCAACAAGCUGCUUAUCGUGCUUAUCGCCAAUAUAUUGCUACUCAAAGAAAUGGAAUGGAAGAGGAUCGUUUACCUGGAAUGGAAGCCUAUACACCAAAUCAAAUUUUCUGGAUCACAUAUGGUUAUUCAUGGUGUAUGAAGCAAAGUGAUUCAAAUUUGGUUCAUCAACUUUUGACAAAUCCACAUGCUCCAGCACAGUGUAGAACUAAUCAAGUUAUGCAAGAUAUUCCAGAAUUUGGACAAGAUUUUGGGUGCACUAAAGGAUCUCCAAUGUAUCCGGAACCAGCUGGAAGAUGCAAAGUUUGGGUUGGAAAUUAA